UGAAUCCAAAAAAGAGAGUCUUAUUUGAAGACAUGCUUUUGCUUAAGCAUAACACACUUGACUUUAAUGAUUUGAUAACAAUAGAAAGACAAUAUUUACGUUGGUCAAAAUCCAGCCGUUCAUUUGUUACUACAGAAUUUAAUGUUCUUGACUACAACCGUACAGAUUUAUAUGGACAUUUACUUGGGAUGUUUGAUAGGCUUGGCGUGCUCAGCACCUUAGAUGUGACCGUAUCGCAGUUAUUGGAUUUCUUAGUUGAUGUAGAUUUGGCAUACAAUGACACUCCUUAUCAUUCAUUUUAUCACGCUGCAGAUGUUGUUUCCAUAUUAUAUUUUGCAAUGACUGAUUUAGAAGCUAAAUCUUACUUGACCCAAAUGGAGGUCGCAGUAUUAUUUGUUGCUGCUGUUUGUCACGACGUUGGUCAUCCUGGGUUCAAUAACGACUACCAAAUCAAGACAAAGAGCGAGCAUGCCAUUCGCUACAAUAACAAAUCAGUUCUAGAAUCACUCUCUAUAGACACGAGUCUCAUCUUAUUCGAGAAACACCAAAUACUAAAGACCCCAGAUCAGAUUGAUCUCUUCAAGCGAUUAAUUUUAGCCACCGAUAUGACUUUCCAUUAUGACCUUUUAGAGGAAGCACGUCAACUGGAAGAUACUCUCUACAUGUGGGACACACCUAUGAUUCAUACAUGGGAAGAACGAGAUCGUGUGAGCUUUGCAAAGAUUCUUUUACAUGCUGCGGACAUUAGCAAUACAGUGAGGAUAUGGCCCAUCUCCAAACAAUGGUCUGAUUUAAUUGUUCAAGAGUUCUUUAGACAGGGUGAUGCAGAGAAACUGGCUGGCUUACCUGUGUCACCAGGGAUGGAUCGCGAUUUUGCUACACAGGCAAGUAUCAGUCUUAAAUUCGGUGACUUUAUUGUAAAGCCCUAUUUCGAGGCCCUCUGUGCAAUCUUACCCAAGGCUAUUAUUUGGAUUGAAACAUUAGAAGAGAAUAGACUUGAAUGGGAGAAUCUCAAGGAAAACACACCCUUGGCCACAUCCAUUGGCAACUACAGUCGUAAUUCAUACGUCAGUGUACCUGCAGGUACUGUUGUCCUACCGAUGACAUUAGAAACAAGGUUAACAAAACCAAUGCCUAUCUCGCGUGCAUCCAGUCAUUCUAACAUUUUGAUCUCACCUCCACAAUCCUCCAUUUCUUCUGAACUUCGAAGAAAUAGUGUACAGCAUAUAGUAUCAUAGACAUCCUCCCCCCACUUGAAAAGAGAUCAAAAACUGUAUUUAUUACUACCACUGUUAUUAUAUUUUGUGUAUAUGUGUUGUAUGCAAACAUGAUGUAUAUUUAUUUAAUGAACUAUAGACAAAUUACUUUAAAU